GUCGCUGUUACUGAAAGGCCACUUCAGUUCUACCGCUACUGUCAUAAUGAUUACUUUAGUUUGACGUUGUUCUGUCUGUCCAUAAAGAUUUAUUAUACGCAAUCGUAAAUACAUAUUCUUAAAUUAGUCGCUGACUCAUAGGAAGGUUCUUGUGGGCGAUGCACACACACAAUUCAAACACACAAGCGUACGCACACACACACAGGGACAGAAUGUAUGAAAGAAUGUGCUGUUUUUAAGCACCAAAUGCUGAUUUUAACAAAAAAAUGCCGCACCGAAGACUAAGCCUUACGGAAAACCAGUCUACUAUUUAUUUCCUGACUAGACAUGCGGAAAUCCCCGAUGUUCUAGAAACGUACUUCACCUCAGUGUAAGGCCUGCUUUCCUCUUGAGUCGACAAAGGAUGGCAGCCUAGAAUAAACCUUUCACGGGUGAAAUGUUGCAGGGUCAACUGACCACUAAAGAUAUGCCCCACCGCAUCUGCCUUCUGUCUGGAGUUCUCUCGAUGCUCUUCAUUUCUUGCUCAUCUCUAAGGCUAGACUGUGGAUCCUAUGGAGAGGCCAUAGAAGGGGCAGGUCACCUUCUCACCUGCCAAGGACUUAGAACUGGCGAUACGGUUUGGUGGAUUAAAUUAUCAGACGUCCACGGUAACAUAUCCAUCGCUAACUGCACAGGUGAUACAACAUGUCUCAACAAAUAUCAAGACAAGUACGAGGUGACACGUGUAAACGAGACUUCACAGCUUCAAAUCUCACGUGUGGUUCGCGAUAACACUUUUGUUGAGGGCGUGUGGAUGUGCUAUACCACCACAGAAGAGAGCCACUGCAGCAUCAAGACUGUGUAUCCACCCGACCUAGGUCAAUGUCAGGUUAGGUUUGACAACACCAAACAGAAGGUGAUCGGAGAAUGCGAAAUUCAUAAAAUAUUUCCAAAGCCUGUAUGUGACUGGUUUCAACAAAUACUGGGAAGUAACAAAACGAGUGUUCCAAGCACAAUGACGCCAACGACAGUCACGCCAUACGUGAACUCCGCCGGUCUGACGUACUUCCGGUCCAGCUGUGACAUGGAACUCCCUCUACCGACCAGAGAAGGAGUAUACUUCUAUUUAUUGCAGAUAACCCCUGGUUACCAGACGCAUAACUUGACAUUCACAUCGACAAAUAUCGUCAGAGCCCCCGGACAGCCUCAGCUGCUCAACUGUCCAAUCACAUACGUCGUUUCUACUGACGUAGCCUCAUGCACGUGCAAUACGUCUGACCUCGGAAGCCCGCGGGGUUCUCUGAGCUGGCGUAACCCGGAGGGAACCACGUUUGUGGAGGUUCUGGACACGACAUUAACCCUCCGUUUCACCGAUGUGGCUCCACAGUACAAUGGCAGGCCAUACAGAUGUACAGUCAAUCACUACACACAGAGCAAAGACGUAGAGUUCACACCCAGGAUUGCAGAAUCUCCAGGUUCUCCUUUCAUUGAUGGAUUUUUCAACGACUACAAGGUCAACGACGAACUGAACAUGACAUGCAGCUCCCGCGGAGGCAUCCCUCCCAUCCAAAGAGUCUACUUCGCAUGCGCGGGGCAGUCUGAUAUGACGGACAUGCGCAGUGGAGAGCUGGUGACCAGUCUUUUGACUUUCCGUAUGAGUGACUCUUACCGAGACGCGCUUUGCGUCUGUUUUGCUGACAAUGGAGUGUACACGACUAAAAACAUCACGAUCACUCUCAAAAUGGCAGGUACAGACAACAGUCCUGCAAAAAACGACAACACAGUCAACAUCAUCGUAGGCGUUGUUGUCGGUGUUGCUGGUGUUAUCACACUUGCUGUAAUCUUUGGCAUCUACUUAAAACGGAAAAGUCUUUGUGACAAUACUCCUUACGACUCUUUGUCGCUAACCGGUCUGGUUAGAGGUUCGAGUACAAUGUCUGAGCCUGGACAAGCAAACGAAAGUAACGGCGAGCAACCCCCAAACCCUGUCAGCAGUUCUGAUGUCAGAAAUGAUCCUAACAACGACUUCAGCGGCGAUGACACGAAUCCCCGUCCAAACAACAGAGGUGUGAUCUAUGAUAAUAGGAAAGUAGUUGCCAGUAAAGAGCAGAUGAGUCGUACUCCAGAAAACUCAACGCAGAGUGAUCUCCAAACAAGGGAGGAAGAACUCAAGAAAUCAGACCGGAAGCGCGAUCGACCAAUCCCAUCACGUCCAGGUUCUUCAGGUAAACUUGGAGAUCAGACUGGCCGUGCUCCACAAAAGUCGAAGCACAGUGACAGCUCAAGGCGCAAAGAACAAGGAACUCCUUCUGAGGCUCCUGGCCAAUUCGAAAUGGAGCAGCGCUCUUCUGACCAAGUCUUAGCUCAAGGCCUAAGUUCGACCGAACAGAGGAGGGGUAUGUGUGACAGCCUCAGCAGCAUCGAUGAUGGAAGUAUCAGUGACGAUACCAUGACAACGUCAGUCACGACAUCAACUGCAAUGUCAGUCGGGACACCAACUCCAUCAGUCACGACAUCAACUGCAAUGUCAGUCGGGACACCAGCUCCAACAUCAGUCACACCCCUAGUUGAAGUAUCACUGGAGGCAGGUGAAUUCCAGACGUCAGCAGCAUCAUCUCACAUCUAAAUUAUCAAAGCUAAUCUGUCAAUAUUUUUCCCGCUGGUUAAUAAAUUUUAAUACACAAAUUGUGAUAUUAUCCUUAGAGUCCUUUUCAAAUAUGCUUUUACCACUUGCAUAAAUUGUUGUGUAUUUUAAACGAACUAUAUAUUUAUAAUAUCAUUAGUAAGAGAUUCUGAAGGUGUGGCAGCGAUGACCUGCCCAGUGCUUUUCGCUUGUCGUUAGAAGCCAUGUUUUGUUGUUAAGUUUUGUUUGUGUGAGACAUUGCACAUUUUAAAAAUAAAUAUAUAUAGAAAAA